AUGACCAAGUCUCAGAUCAUAUGCCUCCAGGCUUUCCUUCAUCCUCCUUCUGCGCAGCCCUAUGCGAAACACACACACACACUGUUCUUUGAGAAACCAACGAAGAGAAAGAAAGGGAAGGCAGAAAUCGGGAGAACGGAAGAGAGAAGGGAGGAAAGGGGCUGUCUGCCGGCGCCACUGGGUUCUGCCGCCACCGCCGAGAGCUACACGUGGGGAGCCGUUCUGCCGCCGCGCCCUGCCCAGUUGAGGCCGCCGCUGCUGUUCGCGAGGUCGCCUCCGUCACAGAUCGGAACUGAGGCGAGAGAGGAAGAGUCUGACGGGAGGGCAUGCGCGACGCCACCGUCGUCUGAGAAGAACCCGACGCGAGAGAGAGGGGGAAGCCACCCGCGACGCCGCCGGAGCUUCCAUUGCCGUCAGAAGCUGCCGCCGUCCAGCCAGCUGCUGCGGUGGUCGUCGCAUGUUGUGAAUGGCUGCCGGAGAAGUGGUUGUGGCUGCCGGAGCCACACCGGAGCUUCUGGCCAUUUCUGCCACUUUAGACCCCGCUGCCGUCGCCGGAAAACGCCUCUGCCGCCGUCGAGAUCCAAUGCCGUCAUCGUGAUUGGAAUUUGUCGCCACUGCCGCUUGGGGUGGCUGCCGGGCUGCCGCCGAGCCGGUUCGAAGACCGCCGCUGUGUCGGUUCAGCCAUUCCUCCUUCGGUUCGAGUUGUUGAGACUGUUGCGAAAGUGGCUUGGAACCGAGGUUUUGGCUGCCGGGAUUUCGAUUGCUGAUCUCGGGCUGAGGCGGAAAGGAUUCUGUGACGCGUUUAGAUUAUGGAUUUGUGUUUUGAGGUAGCGGCGCUUUCCAAAAACUAUGUUUUAUGUAUUGGAAUUAUUACAUAUGGAUACUGAUAUGUGACAAUUGGUAUUUGGUG